AUGUCUGCUACAUUCAAUGUUUUAAGAUACUCCCUUUUAGGAGCUGGUGUUGUUUACGGUGCUAUCCACAGAUAUAACUUAGAAUCGAGUGAGACCGAAAGACAAGCUGCUUCCCAGUGGAAGAACGAAGAAAACUUGAUCAAGCAAGCUAAAGCGGAAUUCGCCAAGAAGAACCAACCUAAGACCCCUGCUCCUCAACAAACUAGCGGAUCCAUCAACUGGGAAGAUCCAAACUUGGACAUCGGUAAAGCUUUAGAAUCUUUAGUGCAAAAAUUAGAUUAA